CUCGCCUACCGGAAGUACAGCAUGUUGUGUUUCCGGUUGCUGUUUUUCAUUAACAGAAUGUUAUUUAUUAGCUCUUGGACUAAUAUUUCCGUCCUGAUGCAGUGAUUUUGGUCCAUUUCGUGGAUAGAUCGCGUCUCGGGAGGAAUUCCUGCCUCCAGGACUGCUCUCAGCUCCUCGGCCCUCCGCUGUGCUGCUGCAGCAGCUAGUUAGCUGCUAGCCUGUUAGCCACCUAGCUUGUUAGCGGCUGGUAACCGAGCAGGUGGAUCUUAAUGCUGGCUCCAUAACUGUGGCCCCAGGAUCACCAAUGGCAGCUCGGCGUUCCUUCACAGACUCUGACACUGCGGAUGAAGCGGUGAGGACGACCUGUGACGAUGCAACCAUCUGCAAAAGGUUUGCCACCAGUAAAGGCUACUGGAAGGACUCGUGUCUCCAGUACUUUGUGAGAAACGUAGGGGAACGGAAGGCGCCCGAAAUCAACAGAGGUUACUACGCCCGCGUUCAAGGCGUCAACCUUCUGCUCGAUGCGUUUCUGAAGAAAACCCAAUGUCUCUGUCAAGUGAUCAACCUUGGUGCCGGCCUGGACACCACCUUCUGGAGACUAAAGGAGGAAAACCUGCUGCCACGCAAGUUCUUUGAAGUUGACUUUCCAACCGUUGUGGCCCGGAAAAUACACUACAUAAAGACAAAACCACCGCUGUCCAAACCCAUCAUCGACGAGCACUCCAGCGACACGUUGCUGCUAGAGCCGCACGCCCUCGACUCGGACCGUUACUGCAUCAUCGGCGCAGACCUCAGAGACGUCUCCGGCCUGGAUGAAAAGCUGAAGAAGUUCCAGCUGGACCCGGAGUUGCCCACGUUGCUCUUAUCAGAGUGUGUGCUGGUUUACAUGACCCCGGCGCAGUCCUCCAGCCUGAUUCGCUGGGCGGCAGAAACCUUUCACACCGCCAUGUUUAUAAACUACGAACAGGUGAACAUGAGCGACCGCUUCGGCCAGGUGAUGGUGGAGAACCUGCAGAGGCGCCAGUGCUCGCUGGCUGGAGUCGAGGCCUGUCAGUCUCUGGACUCUCAGAGGGAACGUUUCCUGAAGACGGGCUGGGAGAAUGCCGACGCUCUGGAUAUGAUGACGGUCUACAGCGUUCUCCCUCAGGAGGAUGUGGCGAGAAUCGAGCGUUUGGAGUUCCUAGAUGAAAAAGAGCUGCUGCAGCAGCUUCUUCAGCACUACUGCAUCUGCUGGGCCACCAAGGACAAACUCAGCCUGGGUCUGUCGCAGGUGGCGUUCUGAGUGGGGAAACGUGACGCACGGGUUUGGCAGAAUCAGCAGGAGGAGGUCCGACCGAGGAGGACCUCGUCUCCUGGGAGGUGUGGCGAUGCGAGACCUCCUGACAUGAGCCGUCUGCUUCCCUGUAGAAGCCGUUAGUGUUUGAGGUGUAAACGCCGUCAGGACUGGGAGGAAGUCUGGUGCACCUCUGGUACCAGAUGCUGACUGUAAAAAGACAAAAAAGCAAAGAUAUUUAAGAUGUAAAGCUGUUUUCACAUGAUCUGCUCGUCUGUUAAAUUAAAGCCUGAGAGAAGUGAAGGA